UUUGACUAUUUAAAUAUAUUUUAUAUGUGAAUACAUCUUUUAAAGGCUACUGUGUUAUGUGUUGUUUAGUUGUUUAAUUCUGCUUUAAAACUAAUAUAUCAGUAAUAAUAUGAUGUAAAACUUUAAUACUAUUUUAUAUUUUUCACUACACAGUGGAAAUAAGUAACUUUUAUAACUUUUUUUUAGUUAUUCUCGAUAUUUUUGAUGAAUAUUUGAUUAUUUCUCUCUUUAUUUUUAUAUAUUUCUCAUAUUAAAUGAAUAAAACCUCAUUUAUUUAACCUUUAAGCUCAUUAUAAAGUGUUAUAAACUGUUUUUGAUGCUGUUUGUUGAAUUAAACCGGAGGGCUGCUCUGAGCGCGUCCUGGCUCUCUAGUUUGUCCCUGUGAGCUCUCCGUACUUUCACAUGACUCCCGCUGCGUGUGACUGCCCCGCAUUCCUCCGCAGACUCUCUCCCCGCAGCAGAGAGCCGAGCACCGCACACACACGCCGACCUGCGGGGGUUGUUUCUGUCCGUUCCCCGGUGACCGAGCGCUUCCUCCGGUGCUUCCUCCGGGACUUCCUGUCGGUGAUGGCCGAGCUGCAGCCGUCGGACUCCGGACGGUGUACGUAUUUCUUCCUGUACGAUGGGUCGAAGGUCAAAGGCGAGGGCGACCCCACGAGGGAGGGAAUCUGCUACUUCUACCCUGAAGAGACCCCGUUGGACCGACAGGAGCUGCUCUGCGGUCAGCUCGCCGGCGUCGGACGCUGCGUCUCCGAGCUGUCCCUCUCUCCCGUCCGCGUCCUGCAGCUGCGACGCAACAAGUUCGCCAUCCGCAUGAAAGACGACUUCUUCUGGGCUCUCGGCUGCUCGAUGGACGUCCCGAUCGUCAGCGUCUGCGAACUCCUCGAUCAGCUGAUCGACCUUUUUACUUUCUACAACGGCUCCAUCAGACAAAGUUACCAGCUCAACAGUCAGGAAGCGCUGGCCGCUCGCUGGGCUCAGUACCUCUCACACCUUCAGUCCGGAUCCUCGGAGCUCCAUCACAUCUUCAGCUGCCUGCGAACCAUCGACUCCACCAACGUCGAUCCACUCCUGCUGCUGAAGGCCGCCCUCAUUCUUCAGGCCUGCCAGCGCUGCCCUCUGGUGUUAGCCGGCUGCAUCCUCUUCAGAGGAAGAGUUGUGAGCACACAGAUGUUUCCAGAGCUCACGAUGAAGGUGAUGGUUCAUGAGAGUGAAACUUACACAAAGGCUCCGAGGUCCAACGGACAGAGUAGCUCCAGCCCGUCUGGAGGUGCCGUCAGCUCCACCACCGUGUUCCUGACCCUGUCCGAACUUCAGUACCUGCAGUCCGCCCCCGUCGACAAAGACUUCAGCUCCCAUUCGACUCCACACAAAGACACAGUUCCUCCGAGAAAGACCCGCCUGUCGAGAACCUUAUCUGACAUGGCCUCCACUGAGUCGGAGCCGUCCGAUCCGGGUUCCCCUCCGUCCCCCCAGAAGGUCUCCUUCAGUCCCGACUCCACGUUCAGUCCGGUUCCGUCGCAGUCGCUGGAGCCUCCUUUCUCAAACGGGAAACACUCCCACGAAGCUGAGGAGGAGGCGCUGGAGGAGUCGUAUUAUCACAGCUUUCACAGCAACGGAGGAGGAGGAGGAGGAGGAGGAGGAGACACCUCAGUGUUUGAGGAAGACUCCCCUCUGAACGGAGGAAGAGGAGACGCGGCUUGUGGGACGGUGUUUGACUUCAGAGAGUCUCGGUCCGGUAACGAGGAGUCGCGUGACGAUGAGGUUCAGGAGGAGGCCUGCAGAGGAGGAGGUGUUUGUGGGAGCACUGGAGAUCCUCUUCCUCCCUCUCCUCCUCCUCUUCCUCGCUCUGGUGCUUUGGGCGACCCGGAGGAGAGUCCGCUGGUCCCCAUGACGCUGUACAUGCACCGGGUCAAAGGCCUGGUUCUGGCUCUGCUGGUGGAGCUGCACUUCCUGAGCGACACGGCGGCGACGGAGGAAGUGUAUCACAGCAGCCUGGCGUCACUCAAUGGACUGGAAGCCCAUCUGAGGACCAUCUCUCCGGGGCCUCCGGGACCUCCAGGACCCUACUUCUUCUCCCAUUUCGACUGCAUCCAGAGCACCCUGACAACCAACCUGUCUGGUGGACCAGGGGGAGCCCCGGAGCGUCCUUUUGUCAGAGCCACAUCACUUCUUCACUCGCAUUUCUGUAACACUGAAACUCUGCAGGAGGCUAUUAUCAGGAGCGCCGGCGCUGCCGUGUACGGGACCCGCAGCGUGGCUCAGGAGACGUUCUUCCAGCAGCACGGGGCGUCGCUGAGGAACUCGGGCAUCCCGAACCACCAGGACAGCGCCUUCUCGCUGCCCAGCAAGGCCCGACACAGACUACUGAAACACGGGGUCAACCUGCUCUGACCCGGGGCGGCGGCGGUGACGGUGGCGGCAGGACGUCCGCUCUAUUUGUUGAACUGUCCUGUGAGUAAAACCAACAGAGGAAAUGUGAUUUAAAGCUCCUGUUCAUGUUUUUUUUUAUUAUUAUUUGUAUGAAAUUAUUCACAAUGAAGUUUUAUUUUCACGCUUGUUUGAGCACAAUUUACCUUUUUGUAUCAACAGUUCAACCAAAUUAAGCUCCAGUUUCACUUCGCAGAUGUUGUUUCCGUUCAUCCCAAACUGUAAUAACUCCUCUUUACUUGUAUUUAUUAAUUUAAUUUAGUCUAAAACAGGAUAAAAGUCUUUAAAAAGUGUUUUUUGUACAGAAUCUUUGCUGCAAAACUGUUGGUUUGUUACACAAAUUUCUAAAAUAAUCUAAAAUAGUUUUUAUAAAAAUAUCUAUUUCAAAUCAAGUUUUUGACAGUAAAAAAAAAAAGUGUUAUUUAACUAUUUGGCUCUAAAAACUGCUGUUUGUUUUUCCUUUAAAGUGUCAUUUGUUCAGGGGGCGGAGCUACAAGGGGGGGCGGGGGCCAAUAAAUGACACAUUACAUUAGAUUAACUUUAAUAAUAAUAUGUUAAAGGUGGAAACGCAAAACUUACUGAGGAAAAUAAAAAUGUAAAUGUUUGAUUUCACCUAUUUAUCAGCUGUUAAUUGGUAUACAAAGUAAAUUUCUUUUUUUAAAUUCACAGAAAUAAGAUUAAAGCUCCAGAGUGAAAUAUUAAGGAGGAUUUAUUGUCAGAAAUAUAAUAUUAUUAAGUGUGUUUUCAUUAGUGUACAAUCACCUGAAAAUAAGAAUAAAUUGUGUUUUCGUUACCUUAUAAUGAGAUGUUUUUAUCUACAGAGGGAGCUCUUCUAGUGGAGUCCGCCAGGAUUUAGUGACAUCUAGUGGUGACGUUGCAGAUUACAACCAACUGAAUUUGUGUAAAGUGUGUCGGUGAAUCUACGGUGGCCAUGAAGCCAUCCUAUCUGGAGCCAGUGUCUGGUUCCUCUGUAGAUAAAAAACAGCUCAAUAUAAGUAAAAAAAACACAAUUUAUUCUUAUUUUAAGAUGAUUAAACACUAAUAAAAACAUACUUAUUAAUAUUAUAUUUCUGACUGUAGAUCCUCCUCAAUGUUUCACACUGGAGCUUUAAAAUACAAUUUACUUAUUGAAUAAAGUGUUUUUGUUUUUUUUUUGGGACAGUGUUUAACCUUAUUAAUGAAAAUGUGCUGAAUUCUUUAAAUGUUUUCUUACUUUUAAGUCCAGUAUUAAUUCCAGUCUUAAAUCAGGGAAACAUGUUGUUAUGGUCACAUUUUAUACUGAAGUUCAAAGUAUUUUAUAAAAAAUGUCAAAUAAAACAAUGUAUUGAUUUCUAAUGACGCCUUUAAAUAUUUGUUUCAGUGCUUUAAUAAUGUUUGUGGGGGCAAAUAUUGAUUUUUAUAUAUAAAAUAUGUCUGUAGCUCCGCCCCUGCCUGAUGCCUGUCUGUCUGACUGUCUGUCUGUCUGAUUAUUAGUGGAAAUUAAAUGAAUACAUGAUCCUCUCA